AUGAAGAUAACGCCGAAGCUCAUAGCCUCCGCCCCCAACGUAAUAAAUCCCGAAGGCCAGCUCACAUUGGUUCUACGAAACCAAGGGAUAAUUUACCUAGAGAACCUAGGGCCGUCGUCUGAGACAUACUCGGUUAUAGAUCUAACGAACAACGACAUCAUCGAGUUGAGCGGCAUCCCUGACCAUGGAACAGUCAACACAAUACUACUAGCAAAUAACAACAUAUCUUCUUUGGGAGAGUCACUGGCAAUUGACGAUGGAUUGAAUGUGGACUCAAAGAGUGCAGAGGAAUCAAAACACACACUUGAAUACGAAACCAAAGCAAUCAGCACCAUCAAAUCUCUUUCGCUUGUGAACAACAAUGUCUCUUCCUUCGCGGAAGUAGCAAAACUCCAACGCUUCGGAAACCUCGAAAAUCUCCUUCUCCUAGGUAACUCAAUUGCCGAAGAACAUCAUUAUCGAUCGUUCACGAUAUGGCUUCUUCCAAACUUGCGAAUGCUAGAUGGUGAAAAAGUGAAAACUGCAGAAAGAGCUGCUGCUCAGGAGCUAUUUGGCACAUCUUUGAGUGCAAGAACUCCAGCUGCUGAUGCCUUGCUUCACGGAAACUCUCAAAUAGACACAGCGCCCAAGGCCGAAAGACUCAUGAAAGGCGCAGUUCGGAAACUUUCGGCCGACGAGAAGGCGAAACUUUUAGCAGAGUUGGAACUGGCCCUGAGUAUGGAAGAGAUCGAGCGCAUCUCUCACGCUUUAAAGAACGGAUAUGUCGAGUAA